AUGACCCAUUUUCAAGAUUUAUGCACGUCUAUACGGUGGAUAGAUCUCGAAAAGAUAAUUCAGAAUCAAAUCCUUAGAUUAGGGCUUCUUCCCAGCCAGAGGCAUCCGAAACAGGAGAAUCAACCCUCUCAUUUAAGUCUUCGGGUAACACCACUAGAUCUUCAACAAGGUGGAAAUUCUCGUAUUCUGUAUGUACAUGUUCCUGCCGCUCGGAUGAGUAUUCUUGUUUAUAUCGCUACGGCUAUAAACACUUUCUUGUUCCUAUUAACAAAACAUCCCCUUUUUCUUCGCUCUUCCGGAACCGGUACAGAAAUGGGUGCUUUUUUUACGUUGUUUACUUUAGUGACUGGGGGGUUUCGGGGAAUACCUAUGUGGGGCACCUUUUGGGUGUGGGAUGCUCGUUUAACCUCUGUAUUCAUCUCGUUCCUUAUUUACCUGGGUGCACUGCGUUUUCAAAACCUUCCUGUCGAACCGGCUUCUAUUUCAAUCCGUGUUGGACCGAUCGAUAUACCAAUAAUCAAGUUUUCAGUCAACUGGUGGAAUACAUCGCAUCAACCUGGGAGCAUUAGCAGAUCUGGUACAUCAAUACAUGUUCCUAACUUUCUUGUUCCCGAGUAA